UCAUUCACCUACUCAUUCAACAAAAUAUGUGCUAUGUGCUAGCCCGAAUCAGUUUCAGUUCAGGCUCUCGUUCGGUGGCACAUCGGUGGCGCUCGUCGCAGAAAAGGCAUGCAGAGAAAAUCUAGAAAGUAGUUGCUGAAAAAAGCAGAGCGCAGCCAACCCAAGCAGAGGAGCACUGGGGAAAAUCGAAGCCGUGGGGCGAUUAUAUUGCGAAUCGGAUGGAGCAUAUAUCCCCGCUGUGGCAUUAUCCUUCGGAUCGAAUCGAGGCGAAAUCGCAUUGAAUCGGGCUCGGGCCAGUGUGUGUGUGCUAUUGCUGAUAACGUGUACAAGUGGCAAUAACAGAAUAAAUAAGCCGGAAAAAAGGUCGAAAGGCCAAAAGUGAAAUCCAAUCCGGAGUGCAAAAGUGCAAUCCAGUGCAAAAGUCAACAACUUGUGGGAGUCGAGCGUUCGUCCUCGAGUCCUUGAAUCCUGCCAGUGAGCUCAGUGCUUUAGGUGUGCCCAGUGUGCGUCUGUGACUGCGUCCGGGUAGCGGAGAAGCCACAACGUCGUCCACAAAACCAUCGACGUCCACAGCCGCCGCCGCCGCCGCUGCUGCUGCCGCUGCAGGAUCGGGAUCGGGAUCGGGACAAGGAUCAGGAGCGGGUGCGGGUGCGGUACCAGGAACUGGUCCAGGCCACCAGAGGAGCGGCGGACGAAGCGGCCAGCGACGUCGCAGUAGCAGCAGUAAUCCACACGCCGGCACAACGAAAGCGACCAGUGGCAGCGGUGGAGCUGGCAGCGCCGGCGGAGGAGGAGGCGGCGGCGGCGGCAGCGGUGGAGGCGGGGUCAAGCAGAGCGUCAGCCGCAACAGCAACAUCCGGAGCAGCAGCUCCAACAGCACCAUGGCCUCUGCCAACCAUCGCGGCGGCGGCGGACGAGGUGGAGGUGGCGCUGUCGCCGGCGCCGGAGCGGAUGGAAAUGCGAUCGUGGGGCUUCAGAUCGGCUCCGCCUGGUUUCAGCGUAAGAUCAACCUGAGGCCGCAGCACCGUGGCGUCCACCUGGUCACCGAGGAGAUACUCCGACAGAUGCCGGAGCUGGCGCACUUCUCAGUGGGAUUGUGCCACAUGCAAAUUCUUCACACCUCGGCGAGUUUAGCGCUAAACGAAAGCUGGGAUCCAGACGUCAGAGACGACAUGGAGAUGAUGUUGAAUAAAAUAGUUCCCGAAGGUUUGCCCUACAGGCAUUCGUGCGAGGGACCCGACGACAUGCCCGCGCACGUGAAGGCCUGCUUCCUGGGCAGCUCCCUGACAAUCCCGAUCACCGACGGCAAGCUGUCGCUGGGAACGUGGCAGGGCGUUUGGCUGUGCGAGCACCGCGACCAGGCCGGAUCCCGGAAGCUGGUGAUCACGCUGACCGGCUGUCCGCGCGAACAGGCCCGCAGUCCGCUGUCACCCGUCUCGCCGAUCGCCAGCACGUCCAGUUAGGGGCGGCCUCGCUCCACCCGCGACAGCCGGUAAUCGCGGGGGAGCGACAAUAAUGCCAUCAUUUCGUCGAGGCGGCUGAUACUGCAGAAGAACUUGGCUAAGGCGAACCUGGCGCAGCAGCGGGCGGCGGCGGUGAUUGCCGCCGGUCGGGGAGGCUUGGGUGGCGGUCACCAGGAUGCCCUGGCGCCACCCAAUAUCCCCGGCAUGGAGACUAAGACCGGUCGCCUUCUGCUCCGCCAGCAGCUGCACCUCAAUCUCAAUCUGAAUGUGCAGGAAACGUUGCGCGAUGGCGUCGAUAUCGAUGAUGUGGACGAGGAUGUCGACGAGGACCUAGACCUAGAAACCGUCACAACAGUGCCUCUUAACAAUGAACAACUUAAUGCUAAGGUCACCACCACAACAUCCAGUUCAUCAGCAGCGAGCAGUGCAUUAGCUAAAUUCAAUCGCAUCAUAGACUCCACAUUGGAGCGACCACCAGUGGCCGUAGACUACUCCGGAUUGCCCCAGCUGAGCAGUGCCACACUGCAGCAGCGCUUCAACCUGGCCUAUCCGGAGUUGGUGAUCCAACAGCAGCAGCAGCAGCAGCAGCAACAUCACCACCAGCAACAUGAUGCGACCAAGCAGAUCAGCAGCCUCCAGGGGAACCCCAGAUUGGAUCGUGGAACGGACGCCGUUGCCAGCACUCCAUUAACACUUCAAGCACCCAGAACUCCAGCAACGGCGACGAAGGAGCAACUGGAUUUGGGGCAUCCCCACGACGACGCAGACGUCGUCGACCACGAUGAUCAUCCCCACCACGACGAGGAUAAUCAAACGAAACGAAAUGAUGUGCAUUAUUUGUUGAAACAGUUAAAUAGUUUUAGUGAUAUAGAAGAAAUAGAAAUUGUUGAUAUGAAGCAAAGAGGUCAGCGGCCGCCGAUGGCGUCCAGUUCGUUGGCCACCAUGAUGCCGCCGCCCUCGCCAGCACCGCCGGCCUCCCCAUCCACGCAGUCACAUCGACUGGGUCCGCGGUUCGCCUCCUCCGGCGACAGUUCGCUGGUCCUGCCGCAGAACCAAUUCGACGACUACCUGUUCGAGUCCUGCCACUACCUGGAGACAAACUACUUUGCCGCCACAUACCGCACUGCCAUGGUCGAGAGCAGCUCCCACGAGUUCCGGCCCUCGACCAACAGCAGCUCGAACAGCUUCGAGCUGCACGAGAUGGAGCCGCCCAGUGUCAUCUGCAAGGCGGGGGCGCCGCCUUCCCUGGUUGUCAGUCAUCCUGGUCAUCUGGGUCAUCCUGGUCAUCCGCCGCCGCGGUACCAAUUCGAGUACCAGGCGGAGACCCGGCUGACCACCAGUGGGGUGCAGACGGAGCUCACCGUCGAAUCGCUGGCCAAGAUGAGCAACUGCAGCGGGAGCAGCUCCUCCUCCUCGACGGCGACGAGGGCUCCUCCCUUCUUCCGGUGCUGCUACACGCCCAUCGAUCGCUGGCGGGAGAGGAGGCAGCAUCAGAAGAGCUCCUCCGCCUCCGCCUCCUCGUCCGCCGCACAACCGCCCAAGAACGUCUGACACUGGGCGUGGCAGUCCACUUGGAGACCCA